CGAGUCAUGAGUUUUUUUGAAUACCCUCUAUGUAAUAGAGAAGAAAGAAGAAGCAUUACAUUAGAAAUACCCAAUAACUUUAGUUUUUGUAAAACUCAUAGUUUGUCCCUCAAAAAAUACGAAAAUUCCUAAAAAAAUGCUCUUUCACCCAAAUAAAUUGGCCCCUCGUGUCAUCGCUCGCGUUCCUGUCUCGUCUUUCCUUUCUCUCGUCGCUUACGUUGUCUUCUUACUCGGUGUAUUGUGCUCCCAGCUCUCCAAAUAUGCCACUGCCUGAUUCCAAUCUUUCUUCUCUUUGCCGCGCCCCAUCGCACAUCUCCUCAGUUCCUGGAUCUUCUUCGAUUUUCCCCGGAGCUAGGGUUUCUGGACAUUCCCAGAGGUUCAGACACAAGGAUUUGGAGCAUUGACGCACGCUUUUAUCCUUUUAUGGAAGCCGCGGCCGCAGCGCGUGGUGCUUCUCUCACCAUGCAUUCUCCCCAGCUCUCCCGCCAAGAAUGGCGAGCCAUUGCUGACAAACACUCCGCCCGAGAUACCGCCGAUGAGGUAGGGCUUCCUCACAUUAAGGGUUUCUUUCUCGCAUUGCUUUUUUUUUUUUUUUCCCUUCACAAAUCAGGAUACAUGGACAGCAACGUGCUUGACGAAUUAUAUUUCACAUGACGAAUUAUACAACGAGAGGAACGCACCUCUUGUUUAUCUUAAUACCUUAUCUGUCUACUCGUUUUGUUAAUUAUUUUUACUCACAAUAUAUAAUAUUCUUUUUUGUUGUAUCUCAUAUCAUCAUUGUUUUUGUUUCGUAUUUUAAGUUCGCCUUAUUGUCUGGUCUGGAAGUAGUACACUAGUUGUGCGUCUGCUCUUGCUUCCUGUUUGGUAAAUGAGAGUACAGCGUAUAGUUAUUGUGAUCAAGGACGACAUAAAGUGGCCCAAAGAGAGUACUCUACUCCGUUUGAUUUCAAUGGGUAUCUUCAUGCUGAUAGACUUGUGUUCUUUUAGUAGAGUGGUAGAAAGCAGAUGAUCUUCUUUCAGAUUCAAUUGAACAUCGCCCCGACCAUACUGAAGUUAGCUCAUAUCCUGUCCCAGUUUCUAAACUUCCGUUCAAUUAUGUUGUGGAACACGUGGGAGUUGUAACCUUUAUGAGUUUGGUUGAAGUUGAAGCUUAUUUGAUGUGCAGGAAAUGGAAAGAGCAAAGUUGACACAAUCGGAUGAAAGGACUAUAUAUGAGGUGCAGCAGGGAAGGGAACCCCUUGAUGUUGACUUCUGUUCAAUUUCAAUUGAUGGGAAUCCAGAUAACUAUAUUUUGCAGCGGCGCUCAAUGAUGACGCUAGACAAAGGGGGGAGGAUCUUCAACAGAUGGAGAUUGAACUUAGAGCACAAGUUAUUGCAAGAUCAGAAAUAUUGGAAAUGCAAAAGAGUUGAUGAAAGAACACGAUAAUGCUGCCAUCAAGAUGCAGAUGCGGACUACUUGAUACUUUAACCGACCUAGAGAAUGCCAGCGACACUUCUCUCUAGAACUCAAUGGAGGGUCCACAGCGUGAGGGGCCUUGUCAUCUGGCAAGGUAGGAAGAUGGAAACACUGCAUCGAGGAGGCUCUACAAUCAGGGGAUCUUUGAACAUCGUGCAUACACGCUUCGAUCCAACAACCUUCCCUUCGACUGGAUAGAUAUCUAAAGACUGAUUCACCAGAUUUCUAUCGUUCCAAAUAACCCAACUUGUAACACCAAAUCUCAAAAAUUCCUCCUUGCUCAGCCGAUUCGCCACUUAACAGAGCAACUCACAAAUAGGUGCUUCAACAUCAACAAUAUGUUUUAAGGACAGAAGGAUUGAUUCAAUGCCACUUUGCAAAUUUUGUGGAGAAUGGUGUCAAUUUUGUUUACCUCGUUGAUGUUCGGACUUCAAAAACAAAUUUCAUUAGACAAUCUAGUGUUCUCGAGCAGCAGGAAAUACUCAACAAAUGCGAGAGUAUUAUAAAAGAGGUCAUAACCAUGUACUAUAUACAAGACAGAACCAGUUCUAUUUACUUGUCAAACUUUAACAACAAAUUGUUGAUGCUGCGGUUUCAAAUUAUCCAUAUUUCCAUUGAUGGAAAUGGAGAGAAUAAAGUUGGGGCCAUCCGACAAAGGAAGCCUACACCCAAUCGCUACAUUCUAACACUUCAUUGCCAAAGAAAUUUUCUGUUGACAUCAUGAAGCACCGUACGUGUGGCCUAGUUCUCACUAGAAAUACAUUUUAUGGGUUGGUUUUCUCAUAAUAAGGAUUUGCUACACCUCUGUAACAUACAUGGUUGAUGCCUCCAGUUUAGAUACCAGACUGAACUGUGAGAAGAAGAUUUGGUUAUAUUGCUUGUUUUUAAGUUGCAAAUUGAUUCGGAUGUUCCUAUAUCAGGAAGUGUUUGUCUCUAUGCUUUUCUGUAGUUCACAAACCAUUACAGAAGUGAGUACAGGAUAUCCCUAUAUGCUUUUGUUGGUAAAAGCUUUGCAGAUAAAGAGGACAUUGAGAUCUCAGCAAUGACAUAUGACUAAUAGGAAACUGUGUGCUAUUGUUAUAUCUUGCACAGUUAUCUCAAGUUAAGCCGAACAUUGCUAGUUCCGACAUUUGAGGAAAUUUGCCAUUGAAGCCUUGUCACUGAGUUUGAUAAUCCUGCCAAUGUCGGAUGGGUUUAGAUGUUGCAGAAUGAAUCUUAUAAGAUUUCAUGGUGGUAUUGCUCUUGUAAGUUCUGCCAUUUUGGACCGUCAAUUUUGCUCUAGGAGUUUGGCUCAUCUUAAACAUUUACGUCCACUUUUGAAUUGGGAUUUUCACCCACUCUACCAAUAUCAGUUUCUUUGUUUGUAAAUGGAGUUAUUUAGACAAGGGCUAAGGCUUUUAUCAGUCAAUUCCUCACUUUCUGGACGGGCUGUUUUGGGUUCAAAGCAGACGAAAGCAUCAACGAACUGAGGGCAUGUUUUUAGUAUCUGAUCCGUUUCGUAGUUUAUGUUUUGGAAAACAAUGUAAACAACCGGUAGAAUGGGUCAACUUUUGGUGGGACUGAAUCUGAAUGUAUUUAAACAGAGUAAUAUUCGAAAAUAAUGCAACAAUGAAAUGUGAAUUUUGUGGUAAAACCAAGAAAAAAAUGUACUUUUAAUAUAAAACCUGGUUUCAUAGAACUAGGGGUGUAAAAAACCGAUCCUAACUGGUGGGUCAACUUGACCGGUCUUGUUUGGGUCGGUGUUUGUAAUAAAUAAAAGAUCAAACCAAACCCAUCAAUUUGCUUCGGUUUUGGUUUAUCUGAACCUAAGAAAUUAGGGGUUUUGUUAGGUGUACUGAAGCACAUUGGAGAACUAUACUCGAAAAACAAUAUCCAAUCUUCAGGAAGCCAAUGCCUCACUAAAAGCUAUUGGAGUGGGAGAGUCAAGCCAUUUAAGUACCAUAUUGGUCAUCUCGUUCUAACUAAUGUGGGACGAAGGUAUCCCCUAAUAUCUAUAGUUUAAUUGAAUUUUUAGCCAAAAUUCAAAAGAAAAAAUCAAAAUUUGAAAAGUACUUUUCUUUAGUUUUCAAAUUUGGUUUGGUUUUCAAAAGGUAGAAUAUAGAUAAAAAAAUAUAUAUAUAUAAAUAUUUAAAAAAAAAAGAAGAAGAAGAAAGUUAGAUGUUGAAGUAGUGUUAGACUUAAUUUGCAAAAACAAAAACAAAAAAUAAAUUAAUUGUCUAACUAGGUCUUAGUUAUAAACGUUGGUUUUUUCUUAAAUUACAAAUGUCCUUAUAAUUCUAUGUAUCUAAUAGGUUAGUCUUUUAUCUUGUAUCUAAUAAGUAUUCAGUAGUAUAUACUUAAUAUUUCAAAUGUUUUUUUUAAACACUGAUUUACCAAUUGAUCUAUUAGAUACACUUUUUAAAGGGUAGGAAAUCAUUAGACUAUGUGAGCUUGAAGAUUUAUUCCAACAACUUUGCUUAGAAUAAAUGAACUCACUUUCUAUGAUAAGUAUUUCUAGUUUUUCUAAUAAGUUCAUAAAAGAAUAAUAUAAAAGACAAUUAGAAAAGUCAAAUUUACACCAUAUUUGUAUAAAAUUUAGAUGUUAUAACGAUCCCUAAAAUAAAUAUUAAAUCUAUGCUUUUGGUUGAUUUUCUUAUUUUUGGUUGAACACUUCUGAAGUACUGAUCAAAAAAUAAAUUUCUUAUGAAUAUCUUACUCUUUGGGAGAUAUGUUUAGCGAAAAUAUUUUUCUGUACGAAAUUAUGAAACAAAUUUACUAAAUAAAAAGGAAUAAUGUAAAAUUAAAAAAAAAAAAAAAAUCGCCCAAUAUAUAAAUUAUUGCCCAGUUAAUUAACCCAAAGGAAAAGGCGCUCCAUUUAUAAGAAUGAGAAAAAGGGGUUGAGCAUUUUCCGAAACUAUAAGGAGUUAGAUGGGUGGGUCCACUCCAUGUGACCGUUGGGUAACGUUACAAAUUCCAAAUUUCAAAAAAGUUGGGUCUUUUUCCUGGGAUUGGCUUCCGUUGGCAACGGCCACUUUCCCAUUCUUGUCCAUGAAAGCAAGCAAGUGAGAGAAGCCGGGAAUAUUAUUUGUAAUUGAGACAGAAGUAAAAUAAUCUGGGAAAUCAAGUGGUUGGUUGUUUGCUGAAGUUCUUUGAGUUUGGAGUUGGAGAAUGGCGAGUCUAGCACCGGGAGUUCUUGUGAAGCUUCUCGAUGGAAUGAAUUCUGGAGUGAAACCCACAAGCGAUCACCGGAGCUCACUGUUGCAGGUGACGGACAUUGUGCCAGCGGAUCUGGAUGAGAAAAACCUGUGGCCUAAGCAUGGAUUCUAUAUCAAGGUGUCCGAUUCUUCGCAUUCAAUCUACGUGAGUCUGCCUUCGGAUCAAGACGAUUUCGUUCUGAGCAACAGAAUGCAGCUUGGUCAAUUCAUUUACGUGGAUAAAUUGGAACCUGGGUCGCCCGUCCCAGUGAUGAAAGGCACGAAGCCACUCCCUGGGCGGCACCCUCUGGUGGGAACGCCAGAGCCGCUGAUGGGUUUAAGAAAGAAAGGGGAGAAAUGUGAUGAUAAGUCAAUGGCUGCAAAGGCAAAAGUUUCGUGUCCGAGGCGGGGUUCUUGGGGAACAGGAACAGGGCUGAGCCUGGGAGAUGGGAACUCUUCGCCCCUAAUUCUGAAGCCCCUUCCGCUGGACUUUGAGCAGUGUACCCCAGUGAAGGAGCGUGCAACUUCCAGCUCCCUGAUGACGUCUCCCGUGGUAGGGGGCAAGAAGGGAAUCCGGUCUUCCUUUGGUGGUAGUCUGUUGGGUAAACUCGAAAGCCCUGCUCCUACUCCUUCAAUGCUUAGGAAAAGCUGUGCAACCAUAUCCAAAUUCCCUAGAAGCAAGAGCGUGUGUGAGCGAGAACCAAGGAUUUCACCACCGACUCCCUUCAACUCAGCUGUAGUGAAGAAGAGCGCCACUCCACCCCCUAGUUCGCGAAGAAAUCAAAAAACCCCAGCUCCAGCUGCCUCUACCUCCCCCAUGCCGAAGGGUUGCGACUCUGAUGAUAGCGUCACCGCUCUUCCCGUCAACUUACCAGGAAAACUCAGCAUACUGGGCAAGGAAGCUGUGCAGCAGAGAGAUACAGCGCAGAAGAAUGCCCUCCACGCCUUAAGAUGUGCUACUGCCACGGAAGCUUUAGUUAGAUCCCUCAGGAUGCUUUCCAGGUUGAGCAAAUGGGCUAAAGCCGACGCUCCCGCCAACUGUUUCAACAAGUUUCUUGAAUUCCACCAACAAAUCAUGCAGGCCGUGAGUGAUAUGGUGUCCAUUCAAGCUGCUACUGAAUUGGCUCAGAACCAGGCUUCCAAGCAGGAACAAGAAUCUCCCUCCAUACUAAGCGAUAUCUCUCCCAACUCCAAUAAUCCAGAAGCAAGUUUAUCCAAAAGAAGGUGUGGGUUGUACAAAUCAGUGGCAGCUUUUCCAGAUAGAAGCGAGCAAAGGAAAACCAAGUUUGGGAAGCAGAAAACAGCAGCAGCAUCUGUUGGGCAAUUAGGCAUGGAAAGCAGUGGUAGUGGUGAAAAUGAUGAAAAUCAGAAGCCACCAGUGCCAAUGCCAAUGGCAUCAUGGUGCAGCUUGAGCGACACAAUCAAACUGGGAAGGCAGAUUGAAACGGAAGCUGGAAAGUGGUUCAUGGAGUUCAUAGAGAAAGCAUUGGAAGCGGGUAUAACGAAGACCAAGGGAGCGGGGGACGAGGAUAUCAGGAAAGUUCCUCAGUCUCUACUACUCAAGCUUAUCAACUGGAUUGAGGUUCAACAAUGUAACACUAACAAGAUGGGGCCACUCCAUCCCAGAGGAUCACAAAUUGCUCGCAAAUUAAGGAUCAAAAUCAAGAACCCUUGAUUAUUAAUAUAUAUAUAUAUAUAUAUACACACACGUUGUUUUUUCUUUAA